CAGCCUUAUUCGUAGGAACGUGCGUGUGAAUGUUCGAGAGUUGUGUGUGAUGCGUUUUAUUAUGACUUAAUGACGUUGGUAAUGUAAGCAUUAUCACUAUAUUUUAUAAAAAAGUUGAUGUGUGUAUGAACGGUUAAGUUCAACGAGAAGUGUGUAAUUUACUGUAGUACGAAAAAUCAUUUUGAAGAAGAAUGACUUAUUGUUAGCUUCCAAAAUAUUGAUUAACAAAUUGACGGGACAGUAUUGUUCGUUUUGUGUUUGUGGAAACAAUUUACGUUCAAAAGAGUUGACAGACUUCAAAACACCGAUCUAGCAUUUAUAUAUCGUUGACCAAUAGUGUUCAGUGACAGGCAAAAUGGCUUUCUGUCAGAAGACCAAUGAAAAGAUACCUCGAAGAGCAAUUUUAGGAGUGAUGAUGUUCUUAGCGUGUAUGUUUUCAUACAUGAUUCGCACAAAUUUGUCUAUUACUAUUGUUGCUAUGGUUAAUACAACUAGUAAAGAUGGAGGGACAGGUCCAGCAUGUGCUGCUACCACUGUCGGUAAUACUAGUCAUAAAACGCCUGAUUCGAGUGACUAUGGUCCACGAUUUGAGUGGAAUCAACAUAUACAAGCUUUAUUGCUUUCUGGCUAUUUCUAUGGUGUUCUUCCAGCAAGUUUACCUGCUGGUCUUCUGGCUGAAAAAUAUGGAGGUACUAAAGUAGUAGCAUUUGCCACACUAAUACCUGCAGUAUUAAAUCUUUUGAUGCCUUGGGCUUCUGGUAUUCAUUAUGGUUUGGUGUUUGCACUUCGUUUUAUGAUGGGCUUCUUUGGAGGCGCUGUUUAUCCCGCCCUUCACGCAAUGAUUGCAAGAUGGGUACCUCCUAGUGAAAAGGGCAUGUUUGUAUGGACAAUGCAAGGUGGACCUUUUGGAACUGUAGUAACAUUUGCUUUAUGUGGUCAAAUAAUUAAUGCUUUCGGUUGGAAAUGUGCAUAUUAUGUUACAAGUGGACUUAUACUGAUUUUCUAUGCUUUAUGGGUUUUCCUUAUAUACGAUACACCUGAUCUCCAUCCGGGAAUCGCGGAAAGUGAAAAAAAUUAUAUCAGAGAACAGAUAGGUACAAGUGUUUCUAAACAGAAGGUGAAACUACCAGUGAUGGCUGUCAUUACUUCAGUACCGUUUUUAGUUUUGUUGUGGGCUCAUUUUGCAAACAUGUGGGGUAUUUAUUUCAUAGCUACUAAUGGGCCAAAAUAUACUUUAGAAGUUCUUGGUUUUAACAUGAAAUCGGGAGGAUCAAUUACAGGAUUACCUUAUAUAGCAAGACUUUUUGCUGGAGUAUUGUUUGCUGCAGCUGGUGAUUAUAUUCGAAGGAGAAAGUACCUUACAUUAGGUUGGAUUCGAAAAAUAUUUAUGAUUUUUUCACACAUGGGUCCAGCAAUAGCUUUGGUUAUAAUGACAUAUGCUGGCUGUGAUGCAUUAACUGCCAUUAUUAUGUUAAUAUUAGCAUUAACUUUUAAUGGAGCUGCAUGCCAAACUAGUUUACAAAACCAUCAAGAUCUUGCACCAAAUUUUGCUGGUACUUUGUAUGGAAUCAUGAACACCUUCGGCAGCUUUCCUGGAUUUAUUAUUCCACCAAUUAUCGGUGCUUUAACUAAUGAGAGGAAUGGAGUAGAAGAAUGGCGAACUAUGUUCUGGAUUUCAGCAGCAGUAUUUACAUCUGCAACUAGUGAGGAAGAAAAACAAAUGACCGAGACACCUAUUAAAGUAUCACCGACAGAAGAAGAUGAAGAAGAUGAAUAA